AUGAUUGACGAAGCUAUCCAAAACAGUAAGCGCCACAGUGGCACUGAAACACCACGAGAAUUGAUGAUCGAAAUUGAUUUUGACGACGAAAACGCCAAGAGUAUUGACCUCGUAGCAAUUGAAAGAACAUGGUCAAAAAGACUAGAGCAACUUGAAAUCAAAUUAAAUCCUUACAAUACUGAGCUCGUCCCGUCGAUUUCUCACGAAAACAUCCCAUCCGAGCCUCUAGCAAGAUGGUACUGCGAGACAACAGCCGACGGCUUUUUCCAUGAUAUAGGAGAAGUUCGAAAGCUUUCAAAGUUUCCCAACAUCUACCUAGAUUGUAAAAACCAAGAUCAAAGAUUUGGUGUGUAUGGGAGAAAUAUUGGAAGUGACGCAGGCGCAACUUGCGGCUUAAUAUCAGAGGUCUCAAGAGGGCUUUCUCGGCUCUGA